GUCACCGAGGUCCCGGAAGGCGUUUGUCUAAGUCCCUGCUUCUUCCCCACUGUGGCGGCUUUGGGCUCUGCCCCGGCGGGCGGCCUCCGGAUAGCGGCGCGUUCUUCUCCUUGCUCGCACCGUCUCGGGCGGGCCCUGGUCUCCUCCCCGGGUCCGGGUGGUUCGUCCCCUCUCGGGCUGCGGAGAAGACACGCCGUGGAGGGCAGGCGGGCUGUGUGCCAGGGCAAAAGGCCAGCCCUUGGUUGUGUUCGAGAGCUGUCGAUAUUCAACCAGCAUGCCUUGGACUUUACUGUGGGAAGACCCUAUUAUUUAAAAAUGGCUCAACUGAAAUAUAUGGAGAAUGUGGGGUGUGUCCAAGAGGUCAGAGAACAAAUGCGCAGAAAUAUUGUCAGCCAUGCACAGAAUCUCCAGAACUUUAUGACUGGCUGUAUCUUGGAUUUAUGGCUAUGCUUCCCCUUGUUUUACAUUGGUUCUUCAUUGAAUGGUACUCGGGGAAAAAGAGUUCCAGUGCGCUUUUCCAGCACAUCACUGCAUUAUUCGAAUGUAGUAUGGCAGCUAUUAUCACCUUACUUGUGAGUGAUCCGGUUGGCGUUCUUUAUAUCCGUUCAUGUCGAGUACUGAUGCUUUCUGACUGGUACACAAUGCUUUACAACCCAAGUCCCGAUUACAUUACCACAGUGCACUGUACUCAUGAAGCUGUUUACCCGCUAUACACCAUUGUAUUUAUCUAUUACGCAUUCUGCUUGGUAUUGAUGAUGCUGCUCCGACCCCUUCUGGUAAAGAAGAUUGCCUGUGGGUUAGGAAAGUCUGAUCGAUUUAAAAGUAUUUAUGCUGCACUUUACUUCUUCCCAAUUUUAACUGUGCUUCAGGCAGUUGGCGGAGGCCUUUUAUAUUAUGCUUUCCCGUACAUUAUAUUGGUAUUAUCUUUGGUUACUCUAGCUGUGUACAUGUCAGCUUCUGAAAUAGAGAAUUGCUAUGACCUUCUGGUGAGAAAGAAAAGACUUAUUGUUCUCUUCAGCCACUGGUUACUUCACGCCUAUGGAAUAAUCUCCAUUUCCAGAGUGGAUAAACUCGAGCAGGAUCUGCCCCUUUUGGCUUUGGUCCCCACACCAGCUCUUUUUUACUUGUUCACUGCGAAAUUUACCGAGCCUUCACGGAUACUCUCUGAAGGAGCCAAUGGACACUGAUGUAAAAUGCCAAAAAACCUAAAAAGCAUUCUUAGUAAAAAAUAUAUAUAUAUAAAAUGCAUUAAUACUUUUCUGUUGAACAUGGAAGAUUGGGUUUUUUGGCUUUUUUUUUUUUUCCUGUUUUAACAGACUUUAUGGUUAGACUUGGAAAAUACAAAAUGCUGGAGUCUGUUACACAGUAUAAUACACUACGUGCUUGAGCACCCGACACACUGCGAGCAUGUGAGGAAGCACUUCCCUCCUGCAACAAUGUAGUUAUUCUUUAGAGCAAGGUCAUGUUUCUCUAGACCUAGACAAGUAUAAUCCGAAAUCCUUAGCAUUGGCCUAGUUGUGCACGUCUGUUAUAUUUCAGUUUGUUCUUCAAGUAUAAUGAAUUACACGGACAAACAUACCUUGUGGGUCUGAUAGCAAACAUGGAAAUGAAGUAUGUUGUUUAUUGUUAUUUAUUUUUACCAAUACAGUAUUGAUUAUAAUUUAUAUAACGGGUUUUCUGUUUAUAGGUAGUUUGGUUGAAGACAUCUUCUGAUUAUUGUUUCUGUUAAGAAAAAUAAAAUGCUUAACUACAAAAAAAAUCUCAGAAAUUGACAUUUAAUUGUAUUUGGCCACAUUAAUAAUGGAAAUAAUUCAGACUAUUAAGUAGUAAGAGGAGUAUUUCAUUCCCAAAUGAAUAAAUACAUGUAUUCACAUAGUCCCUUCCUCUGUGGUCUCAUUUUUGAAGGCUCUAUAUACAGUGCCAUAUUUUAUUGAGCUUGAAACUUUUCACAUUGUGACACCUCUGAAUUAGGAUGCAUCUUACAAUUGAUGCCUUCUUAAACUAAAUACAGAAUAUGUACGACAUAUAGUUUUCCUGUGGGUAGUUAUUGAUAGGUGUGCUGUGAAUUUUAUGCUCUGAUGCCUUUAAGAGAUUCAUAUGGAACCAUGGAAGCAAAAUAAGGUUUUUUGGCACUUAACCCAAUAAUCUGACCAUUUUAUCCAUUUGCAUUGUUUAGAAGGUUAUUUACCAAUUCUGUUUAGUGGGGAUUAUGCAGGUUUGUUAAACUUAAGACAUCCAUUGACCAUUGCAAAAUAGGAAAGAAAGUGCACUCACUUUUUUUGUAGUUUUGUUUGUGCCUUUUAAAUUCACAGCAGUUGUAGCCUUGAAGUUAUUUUGUUAGUUUUUGUUAAUGUUUUUCAUAGUACAUUCAGCCACCGGGGGAUGGACUUUUUUGAUGUGACUGUGUUUCUUCUUUUCUGUAGGAGUAAAAAUAAAAUGUGAAAAUUCUGUGUAUGUCA